AUGAGCCUUGGCUCCUUGCCGGUAGAGCUCCUCGAGAGUCUGGAACCGUUUUGCGACCAUCGACAACUUGCGGCUCUUGCUCAGCUCAACCACCAGUUCCAUCACAUCUUCAACCCGCUUCUCUAUCAGCACAAUGCUUUCAAAGAGGAUCCCUCCAAGUCCUGUGCUAUAUGGGCUGCCAAGCAUGACUCAUUGAGUACUAUGGGGUUGGCCUUCGCCCAUGGCGCGUCCAUGAAGACCAUAGACGCCCACACAGUUGAGCAUAUUCGGACUCUUUAUGAGAGACAGCCAGGCGCAAAGCCAUAUGGUGGGCCGUUACACAUUUCCGUUCAGAACAACUUCAAGGACCUCACGCUAUUUCUUCUUGCCAAUGGGGCACGUCUGGACGUGCCGUCAUAUGCGCUGUGCGACUGCAAAGGAGUUAGACACGACCCCAAAUGGUACCCUCUACAUUUCGCCAUAUGCCACGCUGGGGAAGCCAUGGUUUCUCUUCUCCUCGAACACGGCGCGUACUUCUCAUUGAAGGGCGUGCCAGGACUUCGCUGUGCCAUACAGUGUGCGUCCCAUUCGAUCUUGGACGCCCUGCUCGAAAAUGACAAUUUCGAUCCCCGUCAUCAAGACCCAGAAGGCUACACCGCCCUUUCCUAUAUCGUCAACUGCGCUGACUCCAUGACGGCUCGUGAGAUUGCGAGCAAGCUUGCGGAUCACGGGAUCCCACUUGAUGUCAUGGGGGUAACUGGCAGCACAGCGCUCGCGGACUUGAUCGAAGCAAGACAUCUAAAAGCUGCCAUUGAGUUGCUUGAGCGCGGCGCUGAUCCAACUAUCAGCGAGUGGGGUGACCGCGGGAUAGGUUUAUUCAGCGAAAUCUGCUGCAAUCCUAAAGCUUCAGAUGCCAUAGACGAAGCAGACCAAGAGCCCAAAGCCAGAGAGUUUAGAGAAGACCGACGAAGACUGGUGUCUCUCAUACUUGCAAACGGCGUCGAUCCCAACCGGCGCUUGGGACAUGGAGCAGCCCCGUUCUCAAAACCCCUCUUCUGGGUGUUGAUGGAGUUGAGAGAUGUGGAAUGCGUCAGAAUAUUACUCGACGCGGGAGCUGAGAUCAAGUCUGCCUUUUUCGAAAACUACGAGACCCGAUGCGAGAGUCUCCUCCGGGUCUUCUUUGAGCUGUUUGUCUGCUCUGUGUCUCAGAGCAAGGACAUCGUCAAGAAGAUUCAUGUUCCUGACAGCACUAACAGAGAAAGACAGAUCAAGAAACGUGAACUGAAUCAUGGAAAUCAGCCCAACAAGAUUGGAACGUGCGGUCGACAACGGCCCCCAAAGUGA